AUGUCCCCUCUUCCCCCAGCGGUAACGGCCCUGUCGGCUCCGGGCAAGGUCCUCCUCACUGGGGGUUAUCUGGUCCUGGACCGCAGCUACACUGGGACUGUGUUCGCCCUCGACGCCAGAAUCCAUGUCAUUGUCCAACAAUUGAGAAGGAACCAUCGCCGGGAGCACGCCUCGGGGUCGGCGCAGGGCCAGUCGGACGCGCCUCAGGCAGAAGGCAAUGUUCAUGGAGACAGGGAAGAAGAAGACACUAUAGUCGUACACUCCCCACAGUUCGUGGAUGCGGUAUGGGAGUAUAGCAUACAAAGAUGCGAGAACGGUGGAGGAGUCCUAGUGAAACAGAGAAAUGAAGGGCCACGCAACCCAUUUGUCGAGACCUCUUUGAACUUCGCCUUGACAUACAUCAGCUACGUGGCGGACUCUAAGGAUUUCGGAUCACUAUCGAUUACUAUCCUCGCCGACAACGAUUACUACUCCGAGACGGUUUUCUCCAAAGCUUCGGGGCUCCAGUCGUCAAGCAGAUUCGUGAACUUCGGUGUUCGCCUUCAGGAGGCACACAAGACGGGGUUGGGCUCUUCAGCCGCCCUGGUCACUGCUUUGGUAUCUUCUCUCGUCAUCCACCGUACUAUGCAGCCGGACGACCUCGGCCCAGGCCGCGACAAGCUUCACAAUCUGGCCCAGGCGGCCCACUGCGCUGCGCAGGGUAAAGUCGGGUCCGGCUUCGAUGUUGCAGCUGCCAUUUACGGCUCCUGUCUCUACAGACGCUUCUCCCCUUCGAUCCUCGAAUCAAUUGGUGACGCUGGCUCUCCAGCCUUUGAAGAGCGGUUGUUUUCGAUCGUGGAAGACGCCGACCCCGAGCAUCCUUGGGACACCGAAUGUCUGGAUUUCGGCAUGAAGCUCCCCCGGGGAAUGCAAAUGGUCUUGUGUGACGUUGAAUGCGGCUCGCAGACUCCUUCCAUGGUGAAGAAGGUUUUGGAAUGGCGGAAACAUCAGAAGGAGGCUGAUAUGCUCUGGGGUGCUCUGCAAUCGAACAACGAAAGACUUCGCCUGGAACUCAGACGCUUGGCACAGAGCCCGGACGAGCAUGGCCUCAGUGAGUUUGAAAACGUCCGCACCUACAUUCAGCGCUCGCGUAACCAUAUCCGUACCAUGACUCAAAAGUCUGGUGUCCCAAUCGAGCCGCGCGUCCAAACGGAACUACUUGAUGCCUUGUCCGAGCUUGAAGGUGUCAUUGGCGGUGUGGUUCCAGGAGCAGGUGGCUACGACGCCAUUGCGCUGCUCAUUCAAGACAAUCCGGAAGUGAUCAACAGGUUGAAUGCUUUCUUUGAGACAUGGGAGAGCAAAGUGGAGGAUGAUUUCGGAGGCAAGAUUGGGCACGUCAGGCUUCUUGGAGUCCGCCAUGGAUCAGAGGGAGUCAAGAACGAGAUGCUCGACCAAUAUGCUGGCUGGGUGUAG